AUGGUCAAGCCGGACCACAAAGCCUGUCUGAGUACGUCCGCCUCUGUUUCCAGAAUGACCCCACCAUCACCUGUCGAGCCGUCCCCGGGAGCUGUUGAGGACGAGGGCGAGCCCAACGUCGAGGUCGAGACGAGAGCCCAAGUGCACGAGGAGAAGCGCAAUUCGACUCCGCGCCCCGACUACAUCCUCGUCUCGGCAUAUAUUCUCAAUGGCGACGCCAUCGCUGCCGGCAAGACUCCGGUCAUGGACGAGCUCUCCCAGAGCAAGACCGGCUUCACCGAGCUCGAAGCUUCCUCCCUGGCUGUCGGCCUUCCCGAGGGCCUCAUGGGCAACUCGGAGGUCGGCCACUUGAACAUUGGUGCUGGCCGUGUCGUCUGGCAGGAUGUUGUUCGUAUCGAUCAGUCCAUCAAGAAGGGCGAUUUCAGCAAGAACGACGUCAUCAAGAGCACCAUGGAGCGCGCCAAGAACGGCAACGGCAGGCUGCACCUUUGCGGUCUGAUCUCCCACGGUGGUGUGCACUCCAAGCAGACUCACCUCUAUGCUCUUCUCGAAGCCGCCAAGGAGUACCAGAUUCCCAAGGUCUACAUCCACUUCUUCGGCGAUGGCCGGGACACCGACCCCAAGUCCGGCGCCGCCUACAUGCAGGAGCUUCAGGACAAGAUCAAGGAGCUCGGCAUCGGCCAGAUCGCCACGGUCGUCGGCCGUUACUACGCCAUGGACCGUGACAAGAGGUGGGAGCGUAUCGAGAUCGCCAUGAAGGGUCUUGUACAGGGCGAGGGCGAGGCCAGCGAGGACCCCGUCAAGACCGUCAAGGAGCGGUACGAGAAGGGCGAGACGGACGAGUUCCUCAAGCCCAUCAUUGUUGGAGGUGAUGAGGGUCGCCUCAAGGACGAUGACACCGUUUUCUUCUUCAACUACCGGUCUGACCGCGUCCGACAGAUCACUCAGCUCCUGGGAGAUGUCGACCGGUCUCCUCGCCCCGACUUUGCCUACCCCAAGAUCAAGCUCGUCACUAUGACUCAGUACAAGGUUGACUACCCUUUCGAGAUCGCCUUCAAGCCGCAGCACAUGGGCAACGUCCUUGCCGAGUGGCUCGGCAAGCAGGAGGUCGAGCAGGUGCACGUCGCCGAGACCGAGAAGUACGCUCACGUCACCUUUUUCUUCAACGGCGGUGUCGAGAAGGUCUUCCACCUUGAGACCCGCGAUGAGAAGCAGGACCUUGUCCCUUCCAACAAGACCGUCGCUACGUACGACAAGGCACCUGAAAUGUCGGCCGACGGUGUCGCCAACCAAGUUUGCAAGCGCCUCGGCGAGCAGAAGUUCCCCUUCGUCAUGAACAACUUUGCACCUCCCGACAUGGUUGGUCACACUGGUGUCUACGAGGCCGCCAUCAUUGGCUGCGAGGCCACCGACAAGGCCAUCGGCAAGAUCCUCGAGGCCUGCAAGAAGGAGGGCUACAUCCUGUUUAUCACUUCCGACCACGGCAACGCCGAGGAGAUGAAGUUCCCCGACGGCAAGCCCAAGACCUCGCACACCACCAACAAGGUCCCCUUCAUCAUGGCCAACGCUCCCGAGGGCUGGAAGCUCCAGACGGGUGACGAGGGCGUGCUGGGUGACGUCGCUCCCACGGUGCUGGCCGCCAUGGGUCUGCCUCAACCCGAGGAGAUGACUGGCAAGAGCCUGCUCGUCCGAUCUUAG